GCAUUGGGUUUGAUUUCAAGAGGCCAUUGUCACAGCUAAGGGAAGUCCACCUGAGGCGCUACAACCUGCGGAGAUCGGCAUUAGAGCUGUUCUUCAUCGACCAGGCACACUACUUCAUCAACUUCAGGAAGGGGGUCCGGAACAAAGUCUACUCCAGGAUCCUAGGUCUCAGACCACCCAAUCUUUUCUACUUUGGUUCUCGCUCUCCUCAGGAGCUCCUGAAAGCCUCCAACCUGACUCACAGAUGGAUUUGCAGAGAGAUCUCCAAUUUUGAAUAUCUGAUGCAGCUCAACACCAUUGCUGGUCGCACAUACAAUGAUUUAUCCCAGUAUCCAGUGUUCCCCUGGGUGCUGUGUGACUACACAUCUGCUGAAUUGGAUCUGGAGGACCCAGCUGUUUUCAGAGAUUUGUCCAAACCCGUUGGUGUCGUCAACCCUCGACAUGCACAGAACGUCAGGGAAAAGUAUGAGAGUUUUGAGGAUUCAACAGGCACUAUCGAUAAGUUCCACUAUGGCACACACUACUCUAAUGCUGCCGGCGUCAUGCACUACAUGAUCCGCACAGAGCCCUUCACCUCAUUACAUAUACAGCUCCAGAGCGGCAAGUUUGAUUGUGCCGAUAGGCAGUUUCAUUCAGUAGCAGCAGCAUGGCAGGCACGAAUGGAGAGUCCAGUUGAUGUGAAGGAGCUCAUCCCAGAGUUCUUCUACUUCCCAGAUUUCCUGCAGAACAUGAACAGUUUUGAUCUGGGCUGCUUGCAAAUCAGUCAGGAGAAGGUCAAUGAUGUGUUGAUUCCCCCCUGGGCGUCUUCGCCUGAAGACUUCAUCAGGAAACACCGCAAAGCUUUG